CCGACGGUCUCCAAUAACGGUACCGUGUAUUUGAGCCACAACGUGAACAGCACGCAGUGCGCCAUUAAUGACCGUACCUCCGGAUGAAGUCAGCCCACUGAAGGAGCAUCUCGUCGCCGUGCUGCUGGAGAGCAGAGAAUGCCGUCCCUCUCUGAGCAGCUGCAGGAUGUGCGGAGUCAGGCUGAAGUGUGUCUGUACUCUGGGGGCAGAGUGGUGGAGCUGCGAGCUGGGGUAGUGGCAAUGGCAAAUCUGCCCUUACCACCCUGCUCCAAAUACCGUCACAUUGCUGCAGAAACGAUGGUCAUAGAAAACAGCUUUGGCAGCAACAGGAAGGAGACCCUUGCAUCUCUUCAGCGCUUAUCUACAGCACUAAACAUCCUGGAAAAGUAUGGCUGUAACUUGACAAAUCCCAAUAGGCCAAAGUACUGGAGGACCGUAAAGCACAACAACCCAGUGUUCAGGGCCACAGUUGAUGCUAUUCAGGGAGGACGAGCGGUACUCUGUCUCUAUGGUUACUCUAAUCAGCAACCAGAUGGACUCAGCUUCCCUGAUGAUGUCACAGAUCCUGAUGUGGGCAGAGUUGCUGCAGUAACUCUGGAAGUGAUGAGCCUGAGGAUGGAACUAGAAAUGCUUAUCAAGGAGACUCAUCCCCAUUCUGAGUUCUAUGAGAGAAUUAUUCCUACACUCAGACACAAGAGAACUGCGCUAUUUGUGGAAUAUUCCGUAUCUCAGCCCACUGCCUCACUUGCCUCCAGGGGCUCUGCUCAGAUUGUGACAGACUGUAUCACUCUUACCCUGAGAGAGCGAACCACCAUCGAACAGCUGACACAUCAUCAUCGUCAUCAUCAUCUUCUAAAAACUGGAGCAGUGACAGGUCAGGAUAAGGAGUUCUGUUCUUUCACCUGGUGUUGCCUUCACUGUACUAAAGUCAACUCUAUCCACGACGUGCUGUGUGAGGAGUGUGAGCAACCUCGCUUGGAGUCCCUCAGCUCUAAAGCAGAUGACUGUCAGCCUGCCACUAUCACCGAGUGGCAGUGCAAGAGCUGCACCGUCGUGAAUGCAGCCAAUAGUGUUCUGUGUGAGGUUUGUGAAAGACCUCGUUUGGCCACACGACCUCCAGUGACCCCAUCACAUCUACCCAUCACUCCCCCUAGACCACCAGCACCAGUACUGGGGAUGCCCGGUGACCCUGACAGUCAGUGGGUGUGUCAAUUCUGCACCUACCUGAACUACUCUCCAGCAAUGGUGUGUGAGAUGUGUGACCUGGCUCGCCCAGAGCCUGCACCCCUACCAGUGAAGCUCCGCCCUCCCUCUCCCGUCAGACGAGUUCCUGCUCUGCCAAUCAAACCCAAAGAGCAUGCUCCCGAAGACCUGGACUCUUGGAGGCAGAAGUUGAUGAAGGAAGAGGGUCUAAAGCUGAUUCAAUUAAUCAGAGACGGGGAGAAGAAAGGAGUGAGUCCGGAGGAAGUGUACACAAGCAUGAGGGUAGCUGGGGACAGCAACAUCCUGCCCUGCAAGUGGUUAAAGAUGGAGCUUCCCCUGCUGUUAGACCAAAUCAGGGUGUUGGUGGCAACAUCCUCUCUUCAGUCUGUUUCUGACAAUCCCCUGACUGAACAGACAAAUAACAUAACACAGAAUCUUGCCAAGGAGGCUGGCAAAGAGGUAGCUCCUGCAGAAACAGAAAGUGAGGUCCAGCUUUCCAGAGCAGAAGCCAAGCAAGCCUGGCUGACAGCAGGGGGUGACACAGAGAGAGCUGCCAGACAAGCUCUAAGAGACAGACUCGCCAAGGUAAAGGAGCUGUGUGCACUUGGCUUUAGUGAUGAAGCUCACUGCCAUGAGGUUUUAAGGCAGAGCGGUGGUGAGGUAAGAGGGGCAUUGGCCUUGCUACAGAGACCGCUUCUAGAGCCCUUCCACAAACGCAUUUGGAGUGAGAAACCUGAGCCUCCUGUCGAUAUCCACCACCCUGACAAACAGCGCAUAUGUCGGAGGCUACUAGCAGUUUAUGAUCUUCCCAGCUGGGGUCGCUGUGAGCUGGCAUUAUCACUUCUUCUGGAGCACAGUGCCCCGUAUUCCCUAGAAGAUGUAGUGCAGGCAGUACAAGAGUCCCACGACAGGGAAUUUAUCAAGAGGGUGCUGGCUAAAGAAUGUCCCAUCUGCCUCUCGGUUUUCCCACACAGCAAGAUGCAGUCUCUCACAUCGUGUCAGUGUUCCGUGUGCUGUGGUUGUUUUCAGCAGCACUUUACCAUCGCUGUAAGGGAUAAACACAUCAGAGACAUGGUGUGUCCAGUCUGCUGGGAGCCUGAUAUCAAUGACCCUGAACACCUCAACAGUUACUUCUCCACUCUAGACAUCCAGCUGCGUGAGUGUCUGGAGCCAGAAGUCUAUGAAUUGUUCCAUAAGAAGCUGACAGAGCAGGCACUAAUCAAGGACCCCAAAUUUCUCUGGUGCUGUCAUUGCUCAUAUGGAUUCAUCUAUGAUGGAGACCAGCUGAAGGUCACCUGUUUUCAGUGUCGAAACAGUUUUUGUGCUCAGUGUAAAAAGCCUUGGGAGUCUCAGCAUGCAGGUCUGUCCUGUGAACAGUACCAAUCUUGGAAAAGAGAAAACGAUCCAGAGUAUCAGAAACAGGGCCUGGCUGGAUACCUCAGAGACAACGGCAUUACUUGUCCUAACUGUCGCUUUCAGUAUGCACUGUCUAAAGGAGGUUGCAUGCAUUUCUGCUGCUCACAGUGUCGUUACCAGUUCUGCAGUGGCUGCAACAACCCUUUCCACACUACCUGUGCAGUGGACGAGUGCACUGUGUCUGGACUACAUGCCCAUCACCCUAGAGAUUGCCUCUUCUAUCUGAGAGACUGGGAACCAUCCAGACUUCAGGCUUUACUCCAGAAUAAUGGUGUAGCCUUCAACACUGAACCUCCUCCUGGAACUCAGACAGGCCUAUGUGGAGUAAUAGAGCAAAAAGAUGAGGGAGGGCAGCAGCCAGAUUCAGCCUGUGGAGCUCAGACCCAACCUGGACAUGCUGGACUCUGCGAAAAGCAUUACCGGGAGUACUUGGUCAGCCUGAUCAACAGCCACUCCAUUGACCCAGCACCCCUCUACAGCUCCAACGAGCUGCUGCUGGCCUGCAGGAGAUACAAAGUGGAUGACACCCGCCGGGAUGGGGAGGACACCUUCACAUACUAUAGCAGACUGCUUGAGAAACUGAUGGGUGAAGUGCCGCUUGGUGAUAAGGUCCCACGGAAGAAGUAGUGAAUGCCUCAUUUCUUGUUUUUAAUUUUAAAUCACAUUAACCACAAGACAAAAUGGCCACCCUGUCUUUCAGAUCAGUUAAUAUUAGCUUAUA